AUGUCCACUCCGCAAAGGCACUCAAAGGGUAAAGAGAAAGUGGAUGAAUACACGGACGAUGAAGCAAUAACAUUGAUUAAUGGUGAAGCAUCCAAGGAAGCCACUAUAUUGGACACAUUUUCUGAAAAUAGUGGUACUUUAUUGAAUAACGAAUCCCCUAGUCGCGUGGUUUAUAAUGAGGGGAGCUUUGGAGGCGACUCUCACGACUUGCCAAACUCAAAUCAAAAUACUAAUUUCAACGAAUUAAUGGAGGCCCAAAUGUCUCAAUUGCAAUACAACAACAAUCGGUUAGCUUUGGAUAGAGUUAUUAGCACAACGAUUCAAUUAUUAAUGGACUUACUGAAUGAAAAUAGUGCAAGAAGUAUAUUUUAUCCUUUAUCUGGAAACUUGGGCGAUGACCAAUUAAAGGAUGCGAAGUCCAUUAGAGCUCUCAUGAGAAAAUCAACUUUGGAAAACUUGAAAGGGAAUGAAAACCAAGGUGAUCGGGAUAUUCAGCGUGAUAAAUCAGAAAGUAAUAAUGGAGGCUUAUCAUCCGCUGCAUCAUUUAAUGUGUUGAACUUAGAUAUUAAGAUGAUUGGUGACAGUGGCAAUCUAGUAUCAAAUUUGGACCAGGCUGCAAUUUCCAAAUUAUUAGAUGAAAAAAUCCAAUCUAAUGUCAAGCAUUUGUUCGCUAUCAGAAAAAGAAUCGAUGAUACUUCUUCCAAGGUGUUUGUCACCGGAGACUUGAACUCAGGAAAAUCCACAUUCUGCAACGCUUUACUUAGAAAAAAAUUAUUACCUGAAGAUCAACAACCUUGCACAAGUGUGUUUUCGGAGGUUAUUGACUCUCGCGAAAAUGAUGGUCUUGAGGAAGUCCAUGCUGUUCCAAUUGGAUCGGAGUAUAAUAGAAAGGACGAAUCAACUUUUGAAGUUUUCCAGUUGUCAGAUUUGGAAUAUCUUGUUGGUGAUUAUGAUAAAUAUGCUAUUUUGAAGGUCUACGUCAAUGAUAAACGACCUCUUAAUAGGUCGCUAUUGAGAAAUGGUGUUAUAGAUAUUAAAUUAAUUGAUGCUCCGGGCCUAAAUAUGGACUCUUAUCAGACGACUGAAGUGUUUUCAAGGCAAGAAGAAAUAGAUUUGGUAGUUUUUGUGGUUAGUGCGGAGAACCAUUUUACUUUGUCCGCCAGGGAAUUCAUAACUGCUGCUGCAAAGGAAAAGCAAUUUAUCUUUAUCGUGGUUAAUAAGUUUGAUUCCAUCAAAAACAAAGACCGCUGCAUGAAGCGAAUCUUGAGCCAGGUCCAAUCUCUAAGCCCAGAAACACACAAAGACGCAAGAGAUUUUGUACAUUUUGUCUCCUCAUCUAGUGCUCUUGGUGGUGAUGGCCCUGGGGAUGACAGCGGUGGUAAUGAUAAUAAUGGGGUUGAUGAUCUGGCUAACCCACAUCAUGAUGAUCCAGACUUUGAUCACUUAGAGUCCUCUCUUAGAAAAUUUGUGUUAGAAAAGAGAGCUUUAUCCAAAUUAGCACCGGCUAAAAACUUUCUCAUCAAGAUUUUGUCUGAUCUUGAAGGUUUAUCUGUGUACAAUGAAGACCUUUAUGCUGCUGAUAAACUAAAAAUUAAAGAACAAUUGGAUCAGUUGAUUCCAUUUUAUAACACACAGCUUUCCGAGAAUGACAAGAUUAAUAAGGAUGUUACUGCAAUGAUAGAAGCUAUCAAUGAUGACGUGUAUCAAUUCUGCAAAAAAAGAAUAGGCGGAACAGUAUCUAAAUUGAAUGAGCAGUUAGCCGACAACGUUGCUUUGAUGAAUAGUGAUAUUUAUAAAUAUGCUAACCAAAUCCAGACGGUUAUGAUUAAUGAGAUUCUUAAAAGUAUCGAAGUUGCUGAAUCUUAUGCCAAAAAGAAGACCAUUGAAGGAGUCAAUAAAAUGAAGCUUGUUGGUCAGGAGGCUUUGCAUGACGAAAGUUUCUUAAAGGAUAAAGUAUUCAGAGAGGAUUUUAUGUUUCAACGUAAAAGACACCAUAUCAUCAAAAAUAUUAAUCGAGAGGUUUCUCUCCUUGAUUUUAUUGAUCCUUCUUUUGAUGGCCUAUUAAGCACAUUCGGUAUCAGAACCCCAUCUUUCAGUGGUUUUUCUUUACUUGGAAGGAAUUUACUGCUGCCUUCAAAAGAUUUGUUUAACUGGAAGAAUUCUUUACCUUUAUUGUUUCUUGGCUCAUCUACUAAAUUCUUGGUCACUAAAAAUCUCUUAAUGGGAAUUACCCAAUACCCAACAGUGUUCAAGGUUCUCACAUCAAGGAUUUUUGUUAGGCUUUCAUUGGCAAGUGCUGUUGCAUUGGGGGUUUACUAUUUAGUGACUGAUAUGCCAAAUGCGUUCAGAAGAAAAUACUCAAAGAAAUUGCAAAUUCAACUCAAUGAUCUUGAUUAUGUUAACAAUAAUUCUAUGAGAAUUUCCAAAGAAUGUCAUUUGGUUUUGCAGUACCCUGCUAAGGAAAUUUCCCGAAAGUUUGAUAACUUGAUAACUGAAAAUUUUAAUAAAAAGCAAAGGCUUUUGGGAGAGUUGAAAGGUAUGGAUAUUAGUAUCGGAUUUUAUAAAACUUUUUCCAACAGAUGUAAAGACCAAAAGAAGUUGGUUGAGUCCUUUGACUUGGAAUCGAUCUAUCAUGUUGAUUGA